AUUUUACAAUGUUUUAUAUAAUCGGACAUCAAAAUUCUUGUGAUAAAAUUAAUAUUAAUGAAAUAUGAAACAAAAGACAUGUUUUAUUGCAAGACAGUUGUUGAGACAAGGCAUUAAAACGACCAUAACAUACGAUCCAACAAAGAGAUUUCAGAUUUAUUUCGAAAGACAAAAUAGUGGCCUGUCUCAACAGCUUCCUGUUUCUGCAACACUUCUGCAGUCCGAUAAACAAGCAACAGUCGUUCUUCUCGGCACUGUGCACUUUAGUAAACAAUCGGUGGAGGAUGUGACUAAGAUAGUAAAGGUGCUCAACCCAAAUGCGAUAUUAGUAGAACUAUGUCGACAAAGAGUGUCACUUUUGGAAUUAGAUGACAAGAAGUUUUUGGAAGAUGCUAAAAAUUUCGACUCAAGAAAGUUAAAAGAGGCAGUGAAAGGUCAAAGCUUCGUGUCUGGCAUGUUACAUGCUAUGUUAUUAAAAACAUAUGCUGAUAUUGCCAAAGAAAGUCGCUGGAGAGAGUUUCGAAGAGCGUACCAUAAGGUAAUAGAGUAA